AUGAAGCAUAUUCUGGUCUUAUCAAAUAUGUCAAUUACAUCAGGAAUAGCACAGAAAUUAGUGGAGAUGAAACCUGUUCAAUUAGGGUUUAAUAAUGUUAAUUAUUCUGACUUCUUAGAGGAGUCUCUUGAUGAAUUUAUAGGCAAAUUAUCGGAUGAAUUGUACUCACUUACACUGUGUAAGUUUACGUAUGAGUGUUCAGACAAGUUGGGAUCGAAUAGUGUUGAAAUAUUUUCUAUUUAUAGGGUUUAUGUUGAAUCUUGUACUGAGGAGGUGAUUGAAUCGUUAUUCUCCUGUGAUUUUUAUAGGUUAGCAACUACGCAUAUUUAUAAAACGAAUCAAUUAUCCAAUUUAGACAUGUACACAAAAUGUCCAUUUUUAUACGUUAGGAAUAUUGUCCUGAUUGAUGAAGGGGCAAUUAGUGACAUAUCCAGUCAUGUACUUUCAAAGACUCUUUCUAUUGAUAGUAUAUGCGUAGUGGGUGGUUCAUUGAGUCUAUCAAUUGAUGGGGACGUGUUUAACCCGAAGAUCACUAAAAUACGAGAACUUGGGAUUGAGUCACGGUGUAAACUGUCUAUUACAGGCACGAUAGAGAGUGCAUGGCUUUCUUCUGUUAAAUUGUCUGAGUAUAUAUAUACGCCAGGCAAGGCCAUUCAAAGAGUGUUUAAAGUGUGUAUAAAUGAGUAUGUCAGUGCGUGUGUAUUAGACAUAAACAGGUCGUCAUUAUUUUUAAACUAUUCUGACUGCUUUAUGUUCUCACCUGUCCUUGAUUGUGUCGAUAAAUCAGGCCAAUUUAAAGGGUUUAUUAAGAUAAAGCAUGCUUCAUCGAGUGAUGAGGGGAAUUUAAGUGAAAUACAGAGUAAAGCAGUUAAAAUGUGUGAGUCAUCUGGAUUAAACUUAUUAUUUGAACCAGCGGCGUAG